CGCGAGCUCCUGGCUUCCAGGUCCGCUUCCGGGCCAUUCUAGGCCCUUCCCGGCCUCCGCUCCCUUGCAGUCCGCGUCCUGCCCCAGAACGCUGUCGUCUCACAGGCACGCGCUCUCCCCACUUCCCGCCCCGGCCCCGCCCCCGCGCCAGGUUUGAAGACUCGGUCCCGCCACGGUGGGCGGGUCGUGUGUCCUGCCAGCCGCAGAGGACCCAUGGCUUCCCGCCCACGGCGAGCGUCUCUGGAGUAGUAAUUGACAGACAUCCUAUGUGGGAUAGGAUUUAGUCUCCCCAUACUUCUGAACCAAUGAAGAGAAAAUGGGAAGCGAAACUGAAGCAAAUUGAAGAACGAGCAUCCCAUUAUGAGAGGGAACCAUUGUCCUUGGUGUACAGACCAAGAUUGUCUAAGCCAGAAGAACCACCAUCCAUUUGGAAACUAUUUCAUCGGCAAACUCAAGCUUUUAAUUUUGUUAAAAGCUGUAAAGAGGACGUUCAUGUAUUUGCUUUGGAAUGCAAAGUGGGCGAUGGACAACGUAUUUACCUCGUAACAACGUAUGCUCAACUUUGGUUUUACUAUAAAUCCCGAAGAACUCUCUUACACUGUUAUGAAGUCAUUCCUGAAAAUGCUGUGUGCAAGCUUUAUUUUGAUUUGGAAUUUAACAGACUUGCCAAUCCAGGAGCUGAUGGGAAAAAGAUGGUUGCAUUACUCAUUGAGCAUGUUUGUAAAGCACUUCAACAGUUUUACAGGGUUAGUUGUUCAGCUGAAGAUGUUCUCAACUUGGAUUCUAGCACCAGUGAAAAAUUUAGCCGCCAUUUAAUAUUUCAACUCCGUGAUGUGGCAUUUAAAGAUAAUAUUCAUGUUGGUAAUUUUGUGAGAAAAAUUUUAGAGCCUGCUUUUCACUUAAUUGCUAGUGAAGAUGAUGAUAUGACUCCAGAGACAACGGGCCAUGAAUUUUCCCAUUUUUCUGAAACACCAAUUAAACAAGGAAUUUCCUUUAGCAAAAAGUCCACAGAUGAGGAUAUAGGAGAGAGCUGGACAACGAAUUCAGAGAAACUGGAGAGGCUGGGGUCAGCUAAGCAAAGCAGUCCUGAUCUUUCAUUUUUAAUUGUGAAGAAUAACAUAGGAGAAAAGCAUCUUUUUGUGGAUCUAGGAGUUUAUACAAGAAAUAGAAACUUUCGACUGUAUAAAUCAUCAAAAAUAGGAAAGUAUGUGCCUUUGGAGGUUGCUGAAGAUAACAAAUUUUAUCCUAUACAAUCGAAGAAUAUUUCCAUAGAAAAUCAAUAUUUCCUCUCUGCUUUGGUCAGCAAUGUCAGAUUCUCAGAUACUUUACGAAUUCUGACAUGUGACAUAUCUCAAAAUAAACAAAAACGAGUUGAGUAUUUUAACCAUACCAGUACUUCAGUAGAAACCAUUGAAGGUUUUCAGUGUUCACCUUACCCCGAAAUUGAUCAAUUUGUUCUCUUGUUGGUGAAUAAAAAUGGCAUUAAAGGAGGAAUUCGGCGUUGGAACUACUUUUUCCUGGAAGAAUUAUUGGUUUAUGAUAUUUGUAAAUACCGCUGGUGUGAAAACAUUGGAAGAGCCCACAAGAGUAAUAAUAUCAUGAUUUUGGUUGACCUGAAAAAUGAAGUUUGGUAUCAAAAAUGUCAUGACCCUAUAUGUAAAGCAGAAAACUUCAAAUCUGACUGUUUCCCAUUACCUGCUGAAGUGCGUCUCCUAUUUCUUCUCAAAGAGGAAGAGGAGUUUACAGCAGAUAAAACAAGGAACAGUGAAACCAAGAAUCCUCGUGAACCAUCAUCUAGUGCAUCGUCAAAAGGUACAUUUUCUGAUGCUGACUGGGAUAAUGGCAUUGAUGAUGCGUAUAUUUUGGAGGCUACAGAAGAUGCUGAAUUGGCAGAAGCUGCAGAGAACAGUCUUCUGGGUUAUAAUGGAAUUGAUGAAAUUCCUGAUGAACUAAUUAUAGAAGUAUUACAAGAAUAGCUAAUUAUGGACACUUACAUAAGUAGGCUGUAAUUUGCUUGAAAACAGAUUUAAUAACAAACUGUAGUAACUUAUAAAGCCUGUUGCAUCAGCUAAGUUUUAUUACUUUGCUUCCAAAUCUUAUUUAUUGAAGUAAACCACUUUUAUUGAAAAUUAGCUCCAGUGUGCUUAAAUUCAGUGUAAGUCUCCUUAUUUGAUUAACCAAAGUUAUUAGUCUUUGUUCAUAUCGGCUUAAUUUUGCAUGUUUAUUUUUACGGUAAAACUUUUGUACGUCUAGGGCUGAUUAGGUGUCAACAUUUUAAAACAUUUUGAAACUCAUUACUUGACAUUAAGCAGAAAAAUUAACUAUGGCCUCUAAAACUACUAUACCUAGCCAUUUAAUUUUAAUGACAAAGUAAGAUUAAAUUCUGGUGACAAGACCAUACAACCAGCCUGAACAAUUAGACAAGUUUACUUUUUUUAAAUGUACCUGAGAAUGUUGCUAUAACAAUUAAAAGAAAUAAUCAAUUCAAAUUAAGAGUAAUAAAGUUUGGGGUUUUUUUCCCCCAUCUCCUUUGUGGAAAAAUACAUACAGUUUCAGAAGGCAACAGGCAGUAGCAUGAGACUAAUCUUUAUAUGUGCACACUUUAGUAGACUGGUCUCAUUUCUGGUCAAGGAGCUUCUCUAAUUGAUAGUUGAUAUUUUGAAGAUGGUUUUCAGCUCCCAAAAGGGGUCUUGCUUUGAAUAGCAGAGCUGGAAGGCUGGAUGAAUCAUACUGUUGAGGGAAAAUAUUUAGAAUAACAAAUAUCAAAAACUUCUAGAACCCUAUCCAUUUUACGUAGCUCAAUGUUAUGACCAAAUGCCAAUAUUAAUAGAGGUUUCCCUGGAUCACUCUUCCUCUCAUUUUUUUUUGAUAAAUUGCCUUAGGACAACUGAUAAAUAAGGUUGCAAGGGAACUGCUCUGCAAAGCUUGAGCUAAUUCAUCCCGGGAGAUAAGUUGGCUCUAAGAACUGUGGCAUCUGAAUUAUUUAAAACAAAAUCAUCCCUGAGACAGGGUAAGACCUGGUUUGGGCAAGUCAGCUAGAGCUCUGUGGGGUCGGCUUGAUCUCAUGCUAUUUUA